AUGACUCUUGACAACUCACCCUACUACGGACUGGAUGGUCGUCCCCAGGGUCAACGUCACGGUAACACGCAGCCACUUGUUAUAUCUGUCGAUGGAGCAUGCAGGGGAAACGGACGAGAACACCGUGAUGCUUCUGCAGGUGUAUUUGUUGACCAGGGAUCGAGAUUUAACGAAAGCAUUCCCCUGAACCUGGAUAAUCCCAGCAACCAAAAAGCGGAGAUACUCGCCGGUAUCCAUGGCCUUAACAAGGCACGAGAAAUGGACGGUGGCCCUUCUCGCCAUGUAACCAUCCGAUCUGACUCUGAGUACAUGGUCAAAGGCGUCAAUGAAUGGAGCCGUAGGUGGGAGUCAAAUGGAUACCGGGCUGCCAAUGGCCAGCCAGUGGUUAAUAGAGAGCUCUUCCAACAGCUUAAUUCAGCAAGAGACUCCCUAGAACGAUCUGGUAUAAAGGUCGAUUUUCAGCAUGUCCCGAGAGAGGAAAACCGCGAUGCUGAUCACUGGGCCAGCCAGGCGUUUGAUAACUAUCACAACAAGAGUCAGGAUUGUGGUAACUAUGAAUUUGAAGAAGAUUGUGGGCCCCUAGGGUAUCAACCUGAAGCUUAUACCAACGACGAGGAAGACUUUGAAGGCCCCCACACUUCCCCAGAAGCUUUUAUUGAGCCGAUGGGCGCUCAAGGAUUCCAUGAAACCACGGGUGAUUUCUACUGUGCUUCCUACGAAGGUUCCUACGGAGAUUCGCUUGAUGAUUGCUAUGAUGAUGAUUACUACAAUGAUGCCUACGAUGAUUAG